AUGAACAAGAUUGUUGUCAAGAGGUCAAAUCAGUACAAUAUUUUGGAGGAACACAGGACUGAGGAGGAGAGAUGCAGUGUGGACUGUCUGGUAACAGAUGAACAGCAUACAGACUUACUGUGCCAAGAUGCAAUAGAAGACAACCCUGUUGUAGACAGGAGGAACGGGUCUAGUCUGGGUGGGGUCAAAGUUCGCUACAAGCGGCAGGCACUUCAGGACAUGGCGAGGCCGCUGAAGCAGUGGCUGUACCAACACAGGGACAACCCCUACCCCACCAAGACAGAGAAGGCCCUGCUCGCCCUGGGGUCCCACAUGACUUUAGUACAGGUCUCAAACUGGUUUGCCAAUGCCCGGCGGAGGCUGAAGAACACAGUGAGACAGCCAGACCUGAGUUGGGCUCUACGUAUCAAACUCUACAACAAAUACAUUCAGGGCAAUGCUGAGAGACUUAGUGUCAGCAGUGAUGACACCAACUCUGAGGAUGACGAAUGUCCCUUACAAACUCCAGCAAGUCAAUCAGAGCUCUCCAGGCCCUCCCUCAAGAGUGUCAUCAAACAGGAGAAAAGGACUGAUCCCGCCUACAGUGACGACUACAUCUCUCCACCGCCCAAGUACAAGAGCAGCUUGCUGAAACGGUACCUUAACGACACCCUACGACAUGUAAUGGCGACAACUGAUGAUGUCACAAAGUCCCGCCGCAGGAACCACUCAGGGUCAUUCAGCUCCAACGAGUGUGACGAUGACCUUGUCUCGCCCUCUUCCUCUGAGGCAGAGACACGCUUUGUCUACCCUAUGUACAUGAUGGACUAUGCAUCAACUAGAUGUGACAGUGAUGGGAAGAGUGAAAGAGGCCAGCGGAGGGAGGUGGCAGAGUGGAGGGAGAUCCACGCUGCCAUGGCUCUGUCUAACUUGGCCCAGGGACAGAGCUGCGCCACAGGCACCACCAGUUGCAUCAUCCAGAAGUCUUCCCACAUCUCUGAGAUAAAGACUGUCAAACUUCCCCUCCUCCAAUCCUAUCCUUAA